AGCUAUAAAGCUGGUGACGGCGGGGAGGCACCGCGUCUUGCCCCUCCGUGGCCCCAUCUCUUUCUUUCUACGGCCACCGCCCGGUCACAUUUGGUGCCUGAAGGAGGAAACACAGUGACAGACCUGGAGACUGCAGUUCUUUAUUCCUCACACAGCUCUUUCACCAUGCCUGGGUCACUUCCUUUGAAUGCAGAAGCCUGCUGGCCAAAAGAUGUGGGAAUUGUUGCCCUUGAGAUCUAUUUUCCUUCUCAAUAUGUUGAUCAAGCAGAGUUGGAAAAAUACGAUGGUGUAGAUGCUGGAAAGUAUACCAUUGGCUUGGGCCAGGCCAAGAUGGGCUUCUGCACAGACAGAGAAGAUAUCAACUCUCUUUGCCUGACUGUGGUUCAGAAUCUUAUGGAGAGACAUAGCCUUUCGUACGAUUGCAUUGGGCGUUUAGAAGUUGGAACAGAGACAAUCAUCGACAAAUCAAAGUCCGUGAAGACUAAUUUGAUGCAGCUCUUUGAGGAGUCUGGGAACACAGAUAUUGAAGGAAUAGAUACAACGAAUGCAUGCUACGGAGGCACAGCUGCUGUCUUCAAUGCUGUUAAUUGGAUUGAGUCCAGCUCUUGGGAUGGACGGUAUGCCCUGGUAGUUGCGGGAGAUAUUGCUGUGUAUGCCACAGGAAAUGCUAGACCUACAGGUGGAGUGGGAGCUGUUGCUCUGCUAAUUGGGCCAAAUGCUCCUUUAAUUUUUGACCGAGGACUUCGUGGAACACAUAUGCAACACGCCUAUGAUUUUUACAAACCUGAUAUGCUUUCGGAAUAUCCUAUAGUGGAUGGGAAACUCUCCAUACAGUGCUACCUCAGUGCACUAGACCGCUGCUAUUCUGUCUACCGCAAAAAGAUCCGUGCCCAGUGGCAGAAGGAGGGAAAUGAUAAAGAUUUUACCUUGAAUGAUUUUGGUUUCAUGAUCUUCCACUCACCCUACUGUAAGCUGGUUCAGAAAUCUCUAGCUCGGAUGUUGCUGAAUGACUUCCUUAAUGACCAGAACAGAGAUAAAAAUAGUAUCUAUAGUGGCCUGGAAGCCUUUGGGGAUGUUAAAUUAGAAGAUACCUACUUUGAUAGAGAUGUGGAAAAAGCAUUUAUGAAAGCUAGUUCCGAACUCUUUAAUCAGAAAACAAAGGCAUCUUUGCUCGUGUCAAAUCAGAAUGGAAAUAUGUACACCUCGUCGGUGUAUGGCUCCCUUGCUUCUGUCCUAGCGCAGUACUCGCCUCAGCAGCUGGCGGGAAAGAGGAUCGGCGUGUUCUCUUAUGGUUCUGGUUUGGCCGCCACCCUGUACUCCCUUAAAGUUACGCAAGAUGCCACACCAGGGUCUGCUCUCGAUAAAAUAACAGCAAGUUUGUGUGAUCUUAAAUCAAGACUUGACUCAAGAACUUGCGUGGCACCAGAUGUCUUUGCUGAAAAUAUGAAGCUCAGAGAGGACACUCAUCACUUGGUGAACUAUAUUCCCCAGAGUUCCGUAGAUUCCCUCUUCGAAGGAACAUGGUAUCUUGUCAGAGUGGACGAGAAGUACAGGAGGACCUACGCCCGGCGCCCGGCCCCCAGUGAGGACACCCUGGGCGAGGGAGUUGGACUUGUCCACUCAAGCACAGCCACGGAGCAUAUUCCAAGUCCUGCCAAGAAAGUGCCGAGACUCCCUGCAGCAGCAGCAGAGGCCGAAGCAGCUGUCAUUAGUAACGGGGAGCACUGAGACGCCGCUCUGAGCUCGAAGACUGCGGGGCGGGGCGGGGCGGGGCGGGGGGUGGAUGGGAACAGUUCUGGGAACGUGGGAUGUCUGGGGACAAUUUUAAAGGAUUACAUGUUGCGUAACUUUUUAUGUGACUGACAUGGAGCCUGGAGAACUGUCGUGUUCUUGGGAGAGUCUCUUUGCUCGAUCCGCUGCCAUGCUUCCGCUUGUGGUCUAGCCAGAGCUCGGUGUCCGGGAACGGUUAAGGGCUCUGGAAACAUACCUCUCUGGCCAUUUGUGUGCAUGAAGCUUAGUUUUUCAGUGUGGUAUGAGGUACUGGUCUCCAAUUUUAAUUUUUUUAAACAUAAGAAUUUUGUACUUUGAACAAACAAGCUUACUGAAAGUACCUGCGGUUUUUGAAAAGAACUUUCUAGUUUUGGGAAUGUAGUCUUCGAAUGUGUUAUGCACAAACCCUGCUUAAAAAUGGCAAGAUGCACAUGCUCUUUUUCUGUAAUUUAGAAACCCUGAAGAGGGAGAAGGGGUGGGAUGGUAACACUGGGUCUGGAAACUGAAAUGCCACUACAAAUCCAGGCCAGCGGUGACGAGUUCUCGCAAUGACCUCUGUGAACAGAGAGACGCUGGCAUCGAGCAGACAUCUGCUCGAACCACGGGGCACAUUGGGAAGCUCCGGAUGUCGCUCUGGUCUGCUUCGGAAUCCCUGGUCCAAGGUGGAGAUGUCAGUGGAGCCGUGUAUGAGGAAGUUGGUGCAGUCCUUCUUUGCACCUUAUUUUGAACAAUAAAUAUAGGCAUUUUUCUGGCUGCCUUUUGAAAAUUUUAAAACAAAAUGGAAGGAUGGGGUGCAGGGCAUCAUUAGGUUACCUCUGAUGCUUCAGUGUUACGCAUUCGACUUAGACUGACAGCCGAAAUUCAUGGUGUAAGUAUUCUCUUUCCUUGAGUAUCUUUUCAGUGAACAUUAAAAAGUACAACCCAAGUUUUGUAUGACCAUCCAAAAAAAGUAUUCCAUUUCGAGGUCUGAAGUAAGAUUUAUAAAGCAUUUUUUCAGACUUUAACCUUAAAAACAACAACAACAACAACAACAAACUAUCACAUGGGAUGAAUAAGCAGACUGGUUAGACAGUUUUGUAGAUCUUCUUGGUGCUGAACUAUGACAUGAGCCUUAUAGAUUGUAAAAUAGAGAUAGUUGGAACUAAUGUACAGAACUAAAUUUUUUAAACUUUAUUUGCUGUUAAAUUCUGUGAAGUUUCAGUUAUCUAAAAUAAACUUAGACGAAUACGAACUGUAAUGUUUCAGAUUGCAAGUAAUACGUAAUGUAGUGUUUGUAAAAUACUCUUGUCUAAUAUUAACUAGUGGUAUUUUGAUUUGUACAGUCAUGAUUUGUUAAAAUGACUUCAUUUUAACAUCCACUGAUGUAGAUUAAUAAUGUAAGUUCACAUUUAAAGAUUAAUGGAGAAGUGUGUGCAUGUAAUACUUUCACAAGUAUUGGGAGUUUGGUAUGUUUUGAAAAGAAUAAUUUAACUUUUGGGUGUCAGGAAAUGGGUUUUUCUCCAAAAGUCCAUUGCCGGCAAUGGGCAAGCCUAGUAAUAUUGGCACAGAGCGUUAACUGUACACCUUAUUAACAGUGAGGUGAAUAACUUUGAAUAAAGUUUUAGAGAAAUACUUCA